AUGCGCAAGAGGAAGGAGAAGCUUGAGGCCUGGCGUGCCCAGAAGCGACUCGAACUCGAGCAGCUGGGUAUCAAGGAGGAUCCUGCCACAACCGCAACCGAUGGUGAAGAUGCAUCGAAUGCAGAUGGCGAGAAGAAGAAAUGGAGUCUCGAGGAUGAAGAGGAUGAUGAAGAGGUCGAGGGAGGUGAGAAUGGAGACAAGAUGGACGAGGAGAAGGCAGCACCAGCACCAGCACCGACGAAGAUGGAGAUCGAAGCCUCCACCCAACCGGCAGCCGCGGCAGAGGAGGAGGACGAUGUGGAUCCGCUCGACGCCUACAUGACCGGCAUCCAGCAGGAGGUGAGGAAGCUGGUGACGGUGUCGACCGUGUUGAAGGAUGCCGGCUCCGCAUCUCGCAAGAUCGUGACGCGAGUAGAGGGAGUCGCCCCGGCCGCGAGUGCGCCGGCGGUGCAGCAGAACAAGCAGCAGGUGCGAUCGAAGCUCGGCGAGCGGUUCUACGCGGACGAUGAGGAUCAGGAUUGGAGCGAAUUGGCCGCCCCCGUAGAGGAGGAAUCGGCGCUCGACAAGGCCGCGGCGGCCAAGAAGAAGAGGGAGAUCCCCGUCGUCGACCAUUCCAAGAUCGCCUACAUCCCAUUCCGCAAGGAUCUCUACAUCGAGGUGCCCGAGCUCAAGAAGAUGACCAAGGAGGACGUGGUGCAGUAUCGACGCGACCAGCUCGAGGAUCUCAAGGACUUUUCGCAGUGCGGCCUCUCGUCGAAGAUCUACGCCGUCAUGAAGCACAGCAGCUUCGAGAAGCCCACGCCCAUCCAGGCCCAGGCCAUCCCCGCCAUCAUGUCCGGGCGCGACCUCAUCGGCUGCGCCAAGACGGGGUCGGGCAAGACGCUCGCGUUCCUGCUGCCCAUGCUGCGCCACAUCCUCGACCAGCCGCACCUCGAGCCCGGCGAGGGUCCGAUCGGCCUCAUCAUGGCGCCCACGCGCGAGCUGGCGCUGCAGAUCCACCGAGACGCCAAGAAGUUCUGCAAGGGCAUCGGCCUGCGCUCGAUCUGCGUCUACGGCGGGUCGGUGGUGGCCGACCAGAUCUCCAAGCUCAAGGCCGGCGCCGAGAUCGUCGUGUGCACGCCCGGGCGCAUGAUCGACAUCCUCAGCACCAACAGCGGCCGCAUCUGCAACCUGCGCCGCGUGACGUUCGUCGUGCUCGACGAGGCCGACCGCAUGUUCGACAUGGGCUUCGAGCCACAGAUCAUGAAGAUCCUCGAGAACGUGCGGCCCGACCGCCAGACCGUCAUGUUCUCGGCCACCUUCCCGCGGCCGGUCGAGACCGCCGCGCGCAAGAUCCUGCAGAAGCCGCUCGAGAUCGUGGUCGGCACCCGCAGCACGGUGUGCUCGGACAUCGAGCAGAACGUGGAGGUGCGCAGCGAGGAGUCCAAGUUCCCGCGGCUGCUCGAGCUGCUCAACCUGUGGGACGACCGCGGCAGCAUCCUCAUCUUUGUCGACUCGCAGUCGUCCGUCGACGAGCUGUUCGCCGAGCUGCUCAAGCGCAAGUUUCCGGUGAUGUCGCUCCACGGCGGCCAGGACCAGAUCGACCGCGACCACACCAUCAACAAGUUCAAGAAGACCGAGAACGCCAUCCUCGUCGCCACCUCGGUCGUCGCGCGCGGCCUCGACGUGCCCGACCUCAACCUCGUCGUCAACUACGAUUGCCCGAACCACAUGGAGGACUACGUGCACCGCGUCGGCCGCACCGGCCGGGCCGGGCGCAAGGGCUGGGCCUACACGUUCGUCACCGAUGACGAGGACAAGUACGCGCCCGACCUGGUCAAGGCCCUCGAGCAGUCCGGCGCGUCGGUUCCUGAGUCGCUCAAGAAGCUGGCCGACGACUUUCUGUCGAAGCAGAAGGCCGGCCUGGCCAAGGCCCACGGCAGCGGGUUCGGCGGCAAGGGCUUCCAGUUCAACGAGUCCGAGGCCAACAAGAAGAAGGCCGAGCGCAAGCGACAGCGCAAGGCGCUCGACCUCGACAUCGACGUCGAAGAGUCCUCGUCCGACGAGGAGGAGGGCGAAGAGGGCGCCAGCGGCUCCACCGACGGCGCCAUCCGAGCCGUCGGCGCCGGCGCACCCGUCGCCGUCGUGCCCGGUGCCACCCCGGCCGCCGGCGGCAUCGUCAGCAGCGGCGGUGGCGGUGGUCCGGUGGCCCCGCCCGACGCGUCGGUCGUGAUGCUCGUCGGGCUCAUCCGCUCGGUAGCGCCCGACCUCGUGCGCGACCUGCCGCCCGUGGCCUUCACCUCCAUCCCCGAGCUCGUGCGCGUGCUCCCGGCCAACUCGCUCCUCGCCGUGCUGCCCAUCCUCAACGCGCAGCAGGCCGCCCAACAGGCCGCCGCCGCCGCUGCCGCAGCCGCCGCCGGCGCCGCGCCCGGGGCCAUCACCAGCGCCAACCAGAUCGAGGCCGCCAAGCGCGCCGCCCUCCUCGCCACCCUCGCCCUCCACGUCAAGCGCAACCUCGCCAUGCCCGCGGGCGUCGGUGGUCUGCUCCCGGGCGGCGGCGUCGGCCCGAGCGGCCUGCCCCUGCCCACCGGCGCCGCCGCGCCCGCCGCCGCCGCCGUGCCCGAGCCGACGCACUUUGAGUGCGACCUGGAGAUCAACGACUACCCGCAGCAGGCGCGAUGGAAGGUGACGCACAAGGACGCGCUGUACCAGAUCACGGAGCUGACGGGCGCGGCGAUCACGACGCGCGGCACGUUCUUCCCGCCGGGCAAGACGCCGGGGCCGGGCGAGCGCAAGCUGUUCCUCUUCAUCGAGGGGCCGAGCGAGCAGUCGGUCAAGGAGGCGCGGACGGAGAUCAAGAAGAUCCUCGAGGAGGCCGCGCUGAACGUGCUCGCGCGAGGACCCGAGAAGCCGGCCGGCAAGUACCGCUUCAACUUCUGA